UGUCCGCUGAGCUGGUCAGCUGUUCCCGACUAGAACCCUAGCCUUGUCUUGGGGUUUUGCCUUCUAGAGUUCCCACCGCUCCCUCCCCCACCGCCGCGGCCAUGGCCAAGCCCGGCCGAGCUCGGCCGGCCGCCCCGUCGGGGUUGGCGUCGCCCUCUUACUCUUCGCCCUCGCGCUCGACCUCCGGUUCGUACUCCCGCUCGCGGUCUCUUUCGCGUUCUCGCUCACGAUCCAGGUCCUUCUCCUACUCUUCCUCUCCCUCCCGAAGCGUGAGCUCUCGAAGCCGAUCCCCUCCGCCGCAGAGAAGAAGUCCAAGUAGAGCUGGUAGACGAGGUCGUUCACCAUCAUCACCACCUAAAAGAGCUUCACCUCCGAGGAAAGCAUCUCCAGUGCCUGAGUCUGUGGUUCUUCACAUUGAUCAUCUGUCAAGCAAUGUUAAUGAAGCUCAUUUAAAAGAAAUAUUCAGUAAUUUUGGUGAAGUAGUCAAUGUGGAGCUGACAAUGGACCGGAUUGUUAAUCUUCCUCGGGGUUAUGGCUAUGUUGAGUUCAGGGAGAGGUCUGAUGCUGAGAAGGCUCUUCUUUACAUGGAUGGUGGUCAAAUUGAUGGAAAUUUUAUCCGAGUAAAAUUUACACUAGCACAACGGCAAAAAGCAUCUCCCCCUCCAAAGGGAAUUCCUCCUGCUCCAAAGAGAGAAGCUCCUCAAAGAGAUAAAGUUGGUGCCGAUGCCGAAAAGGAUGCUCCACAGCGGCCUAGGGAGUCUUCUCCACGUCGGAAACCACCGUCACCUUUGCAAAGACGCUCUUCUCUAGCAAAUCGAAGAGUUGAUUCAGGAAGGCAUCGACCUGAUUCACCUCCUCGUCGUCGUGUGGAUUCCCCUAUACAUUGCCGAGCAGAUUCUUCUCCUUACCGACGUGAAGGCCCACCUCGGCGGAGAGCAGCAUCGCCUCCUAGAAGACAUUCUCCUCCUCCUCCUCCUCCUCCAAGGAGGCAUAGGGCACCUGCAAGGGUCUCUCCACGAAGGAGUCGUGGUAGUCCAGUCCACAAGCGUUCCCCAAUUCCUCCUAGGCGGCGAUCACCUCCAAGACGACCAAGGAGCCCUCUAAGAAGGUCUCCUCCUCGCCAUCAUAGCCGUUCACCUGUUCAAAGGCCUGGUCGUUCCCGUUCUAGAUCGGUCUCUCCUCGCAGGGGUCGGGCACCACCUCAAAGGCGGGGAAGGUCAGAUUCAUCAUAUUCUGAAUCACCCAGUCCUCGUAAGGGAGCUCGAAGGAUAUCAAGAAGUCGCAGUCCUAGAAGGCCUGCUAGAGGAAGAAGCCCCAGCGUCAGCCGCAGCAGCAGCUCCCCUUCCCCUUGAUCUAAUUAGCAUUUUUCAGGUGGUGAGGGUAUGCAGAACAAACUGUGUUUAACGUUUAUUGAGCUCCUUUUUGAAAAUCGUACUAAAUAUUCUGUAGCAGAUGAGUUCCAUCUGUUCUAAAACUGGCUUGAUGGUAUUCAGACAUCAGUUCUGGUAUUAAACUUUAUGUUGUCGCAACAAUUGUUGUUACUGUGGCAUGAUGCCAUUCUUAUAUCUCUGAUAUUAGAUCCAUGAGUCCUUGUCUUU